CCGUUUCCUUUCAGCUGUGAAUAAGAAGAAGACAGUACAAAGCGCAGACAAUCCUGGGGUCCUUGUUAGUGCUCAUUUAACACAGCUCCAGUCACAUUAACCGAGGACAAUGGCCAGUAAGAAGAAAAUAGUAGUCACAGGGUUUGAGCCAUUUGCUGAGCAUACCGUGAACGCCAGCUGGGUUGCAGUACAGGAGCUGGAGCAGUUAGGACUGGGCGAGGCAGUAGAUCUGUAUGUGUGUGAGGUGCCUGUUGAAUACCAGGCUGUUAAGCUCCUACUACCAUCUCUGUGGAAAGGGCAUCAGCCACAGUUGGUGGUGCAUGUCGGUGUUUCCGGAUUAGCCACCACAGUCACUCUUGAACAGUGCGCUCAUAAUAAGGGCUACACACGUCCAGACAACUGCAGCUUCUGCCCGUACUCCCAGUGCUGCGUGGUGAACGGCCCGGAUUGCAUAAAAUCAAUCCUAGACAUGGAUACAAUCUGUAAAAGGGUUAAUGACGCUGGCAUUGGCAUCACUGUGUCCACUUCUGAGGAUGCUGGAAGGUACCUGUGUGACUACACUUACUACACAUCUCUGCACCUGGGGAAGGGCCGUGCUGCUUUUGUCCAUGUGCCUCCUCUAGGAAGGCCCUACAGCGGCAAGGAUCUGGGUAGGGGCCUCCAGGCUGUCAUACAGGAAAUGCUGAAACUGCUGGAGGGGAGUCACAGUGAGGAGGCGCAAAAAGGCACUAAGCACAGCAGUGAUAAGCCUUAACAAAAGCUUGACCACUUUUGACUGACUUACAAUAUGAGGGCACGCACAACUGUCCAAGAUGGGCCACUGGCUUGUAAUGUUUUCAUCUAAGGGAAGCUGUGUGGCUCCCAAACCUGCGACAUCCAGUGCCAGCUGUGGACCUGGAGCUGCAGAAAAUGAGGGCUUGAUAUUCACAUUUGUUUGUCACAUUUGUGCCUCACCUGGGUGUGGUGUCUUAGAAAUAUUAUGGCUCUAACACUCCCGACUAGGUUGGUGUCUGGAAAUUGUCAUUCCCCUGUGUCGCUUUGCACUUCACCCACAGAAAUGUGAUGACUUUCAAAAUGUGAACCUGGAAAAAAAUUGUGUUAAUCUCAGGGAAUAUAUUGCAAAUGCAAUUAGUAAUAAGUAAUGUGAUUAACUUAAUUUGUCUGUCCUGUGUAUGUAUGGUAGGAUUGCAAAGGAAAACGAAUGGAACACUGUGUAUAAUUAAAAAAGGCUUCAUACAGA